AUGGCAACUGUUCGCAUGGAGCGUCAGGACACCGCUACUCUUGUGGAUGAUGCUGACAAGCUUGAGAAGAGUCUACAGAACUGGUGCGAGAUUCGCCGUGGCCAACAUACAUCCAUGCAGGUGGAACUGCAGGAGGAGCAGAAGGCAUUGCAGAGUGCAGCAAAGCUGAUGCUUUCUGGCACGGAUCUAGAGAUUUUCAAGCCCGCGUCCCUGGUGACCUUCUUGCAAGUCGUCCAGAGGCACCAGAAUGAGCACAAGGUGCAGGAGCAGGCCUCCGAGCACCGUGCCCUCAGAGGGAAGCCAAGUCCUGCCUUGGAGAAGAUCACCAAGCUGGUUGACUCGAUGGUCUCUGUCUUGGAGAAGGCACAAGAGGAUGACAACCUCAAGAUUCAAAUGUGCAAGGACGAAACGACCUCGGCCCAAGAAGCUAAGGCAGCCCUCAGUGAGAAAGCGCAGUCGAAAGCUGCUGACAUCGCCACGUUGAGCGAGCAGCUUGAAACGUUGGAGCGGGAUGUUGCCGCGGAGAAGAAGGCAAUCACUCGGGUUGAUUGGGUGGUGGCCACAGCUACAAAGCUCCGCGAGAAGGAGCACAAGCAUCUGGCAACAUCAAUUGCGCAAGGUGCUGCCGCUGUAGACGUGAUGCACAAAGCCAUGAACUCUCUCCAGAAGUAUUUGGAUGAGGGCGGCACCUUGGGUGGCCAAAAAGCAAUGAAAGACGACGAGGAGUUUGGCUUUUUGCUGGAGUCCGCCUCACCAGCAACAGACAACAAGGCGGCGCUGAGGUCGCUGCAGGCUGUCAUCGAUGCAGUGCGGGGAGAGGUGGAGCAAGUGAAACUUCGCGAAGCAGCCGACCAGGCGGCCUAUGUGGAGAUGAUCCAGGUGGCGCGUGCCUCCAGACGGAAGGAUGCCUACACGCUGACGGACUUCGUUGGUGGUCAAGCGGCCCUGGCCGCCGAGUCGCAGCGCAUCCAGGACAGGCAGAAGGCCUUGAAGGAGCAGAUGGGCCUCACUGAUCAGCUUGCCUCCACCCUGCAAGCCGAGUGUGAGAAGCUCAUCACUGACUACAAGGCCAAGAAGCAGGCGCGGAUCAUGGAGAUGGACGUUUUGAGGAGCAAGAAGUCUGCCCUCGCAGCCUGGCCGCAUUGUCACCCAGCCCAUUCCUUCCCAAAUGCCAAGUAUCUAGAGGUUCCCACUAUGCAAGUUACAGUCACAGGCCCCAGUCCGCGCUGUUGUGUAGCUCCCUGCAGCUCCUAUAUCUCCUAUCUCUGGAUCACCUGGCUGUCUUUGCAGUGCCAUGGACCAUGCCCGUUGCUUCUAUCGUGCGGAAGCACUUGA